ACCAUCUGUCCCAAUAAAUGAAGGCUUAAGAAAUGAAAAGCUGUCACACGGAAACACAGAAUUUGAUGGUUCACAUGUGGAGGGCGUGAACGCUGUAACUCAGGCGGCUCCAUUUCUAUUUUAAUUAGGCCUAAAAGUCCUAACCAACGCCAUUGAAGCUUCACCAACCCUUUGAAAAGGAAGAACACUUCCCCCAUCGAUCUCAAAUCCGAUCCUCUACCCUUGAAUCUUCUUGCUAACACCCUCUCUCUCUCUCUCUCUCUCUCCGUACACUUGUCUGUGUGACUAGCAAGGAAGGAAUGGAAAAAUCUCGAGAACAUAAAGAGAAACAACAUGACAAACCCAAGUCCCUUGUAUGGGAUUGUGGCAGCAGUCUCUACGACUCAUUUGAGCUCAACUCCUUCAAACGCCAGCUUGACUCGGCCAUAUCCUGCAGGACCAUGUCCAUGCCGCAUUUACCCGAUCGACGAGCGCCUCCUAAACCUCAGCCACCGCCUUCCGUACCCAAGAAAUCCUCGAAGAUCUCUCGCUCGCUACAAAAGCUUCUGAGGUCUGUGUUCAAGCCAAAACCAACUUCUACUUCUGUACUUAACGUUCAAAAUCAGUCCAAGGAAGGGACGUUUUAUGUUGUGUACGACAAGUCCGGGGCUCUUAACACGAUACCGGAGGUUCCGGAGUUAGAUUUUAGCGGAAUUUCUCCUGAGAUCGGUUCUUUGGUAGGGAAGUCAACCUCAGAGCGGUUUACAGCCACUUCUAUUGGUAUUUCAUGUUCUUAACAGCUCUUAAAAGAAUACAUGAUAUAUGCAUGUGACUGCAGACAUUUUAUCAUUUUUAUUUGUAUAUAUAGCAUGAGUUUUCUUUGUUAAUACUAAAAAAACAUAUAUGUAUGACCGAAUGAUCAGGAUGUACUGAUCUUUUCGUUCAGACCUUGUUAAUUAAUUGAUAUGAUGCGUUGUUUAGGGUUUUAAACUUUGA